AUGACACAAAUCGAGCGACCAACUUCUGCUGCAGGCGCUAUCACCUCACCUACAUUGUUACAGCGCCAAGACGCCAGAGCUGCCCUUCCGCCUGCCAGGCAGCAGUUUUCUUCAGAUCUUAGCUUCACUGUCCCGCAAGAUGAACGAGCUCAAGAUCCACUGGAAAGAUACAAGGGCUGUCCAGUCUUCACAUGGGGUCCCAGCGGCUCAUUGGUUAGCACAUUCCCUAAGCAGGCCCCUUUCUAUGCCGCUGGUCAUGCUAUCCCAACCAUCAAAUGUUCUUCUGGUCAUAUCACCAUACAUGACACCAAGACAACGUAUCCCUUGGAUGAGCGCGAUGCUAAAUUCCCUGGUCCUUUGAACAAGGGCAAAUCCAAGAAGAAGGAUACACUUGCUUGGAUUACUGGCAAGAUUGAGGAUCUUGAGAAGACAAACGAAAGCACUAUGCACGACUUCGCCAUGUCUGUUCAGACGAAAAAGCGUGUCGAAGAGAAGGUCAUCUUGUGGAAGAUGGUCAAGCUUCUGCUUGAACACGAUAACAAGAUCGAGGGAAAUGCUGCCGCAGAAGAGGCCGCUCGCAAGAUCUUGCUACCAAAUCUCGCGCAACCCGAUGAAACAUCUGAGAAUGUCACCGAUGAUACGUCAUCCAGGAUUCCCACAGAGCCCGUCAGUGCAAAGGCGAUAGCUCAGAUUCGCACACACCUUCUCGAAGGUGACCGUGAAAAGGCAGUCUGGCAUGCCGCCGAACAAAAGAUGUGGUCUCAUGCUCUGCUGAUUGCAUCAGUCGCUGGUCCCGAUAUCUGGAAGCAGGUCGUUCAGGAAUUCGUUCGUUCCCAAGUCAAGGACGCUAGUGACAACUCGCAGUCACUGGCAGCAUUGUAUGAAGUAUUUGCUGGUAAUUGGGAAGAGAGCAUUGACGAGCUUGUCCCACCGUCUGCUCGUGCUGGAUUCCAGAUGAUCAGCAAGGCUGGACCAAGUGCGAAGAACCCUCUGGAUGGCCUCGAUCAAUGGCGUGAGACUCUGUGCCUCAUCAUCAGCAAUAGGAGUAACAACGAUGUCCAAGCCAUCGCUGCUCUUGGUAAACUUCUGUCCAGCUAUGGUCGAAGUGAGGCAGCACACACUUGUUUCUUGUUUGCCAAAGCUUCCGCUCACCUCGGCGGUGCUGAUGACGAGAAGUCUGACUUUGUUCUUCUUGGAGCAGAUCACAAGAAUCAAUCUCAGGAGCUGUCCGACUUGGAUUCAAUUAUGCUCACCGAAAUCUACGAGCUCUGUGUAUCUCUUGCACCUGCUCCCGGUACUUCGCCUACACUUCAUCACUUGCAAGCAUUCAAGUAUCAACAUGCUCAAAUUCUCACUGAGCAUGGUCUGCGUAGUGAAGCACAGGCUUACUGCGAUGCGAUCAUGGCCUCCUUCAAGGCUUCCACUCGCCUGUCGCCUUACUAUAGUCCUGCACUGUUGAGCUGUGUGGAUGACUUGAACAGAUGUCUGUCUCAAGCACCUCAGGCUAGUUCUUCCGGUGGCUGGAUCCCCAAGCCAUCAAUGGACAAGGUUUCGGGUAGUAUGUGGAAACGCUUCAACACCUUUGUUGCUGGGGACGAUGACGACCAGAAGCCAAAUGGCUCUACUGGCUCAGAAGGCGCUCCUGCAGGGCCUUUCGGCGGAAUCACCGGAGAGACGCCGACUGUCAGCCGAACAGCUUCAGUCACUGAU